AGGAACACAAGGUUACGUUGACAACUUAGCCCAGAAGGAAAUACAUCGAUUGGCUGAGCAAAAACAACAAGAGAAGCAGCUGAAGAAGAAAUUGAAACAGCAAGGCAAAAAAGCUCCAUCACCGACGUUUGACCCUGACCAGGAAGCGAACCUGGACCGAGCUGCACAAGAAUUGGCGAUGAAAAUGGCCAGCAUGAGAACUGAUCUCGCGGAACUCGAACAAGCCAACGGCCAGCAUCAGAUAGUUGCUCCGGGAUGA